CUGUUUAUAAAUGUUUAUUGAAUUGUUGUAAAUUGGAUGCUCAGGAACUUAAUGAAUGUUUCAUUCAGCUCAGUCCAUGGGAAGUUGCUUUACCAUUUUUAGAUUUAAAAUCAAGGUUGAGUCAACAAAAAAUGAUGCUCUGGGUAUUUUGGACUCCACAGUGCCUUUAUAGGAGGGAACUGGUUAUGUUGAUGCUGGCAGUGUAUUGCUAAAAACACCUCUUUGAGGCACAUGAUGUGGGCAUGUCCUGUGGUGUCAGCUUUCUGGUCAGAAAUUAUUGUUUGUGUGAGCUAUGUUUUGGAGAAAUCAUUUAUAUUUUUGCAGUUGUUCACACACUCUUAAAUUAUCUUCCUGUGAUGUGGGAACUAACAGAUAGACAAUAAAUGUAGAACCUGCAAGGAAGGACAAGAACUCAGCAUCCACUACUCAGUAGUCUGAAGAUCUCACACUGCCCUUUCCUAAUUGCUGAUCUUUGUUGAAAUACCUACUGCACAUAUUAUUCCAUAUGCUGGUUAGGAUUGAUGGAGUACGGUUAUUGUUAAUGUCAGUUAGUGGUGUUUUUACAUCUUUCUUCCAGCUAUAUUAGCAAAAUAAAAAGACCUGUGUGUGCUUAGCUUCAGCAAGGUGGUGGCCAUGUGUGCCUUCAAAGGAAACCCUGGGCCAGGGUUAAUUUUUAAUUAAAAACUUGAAAAAGCAGGGCUCAGGUGAGACCUAGUCACACAAGCAGCUGUCACGUUGAUCUGGAACCAUGUGGCAAUUGCUUCAUUCAAUUUCAUGACAUCACAAACCCCUCCUCCCCUCAAAGGGGUUGCAGUCGUGGUGUGGUGUGUGCAUGGUGCAAGACAUUACAAAGUGCUCAGUACCCAACCCUAGUGCAAGCGUCCCAAAACACUGCCGUUUCUGCAGAUGUCUUUCUUCAAAAUAAGUUGACAGGGCUUGCUUGCAAUUUCUGCUGGAAAUCUUGCUGCCAUUCUCCCAGACUUUAGCUGUGCCUGGCAUGCAUUUUGCCUUCUUCAAGCGUAACUAAUUGGGGAUGUCCCCUCACCUCUUUAUUUCUCCCACCGCUCCCCCCCCCCAAGUCCAGCUUUCCACAAGGGAUGACACUGUAGCUUUAACAAUGGCACCGAGGUCUAAAGACUUCCUUCCAAACUUGGCGUUUGGACUUUUGCAGAAGCGACGGGACCGGUGGUUGUAAUUUGAGAGGGAGGGGGAAAGAGAGAGAGAGAGAGAUCCUACGGCCAAAAGCCAAGAUCCCGCGUUACCACCACCAAUCCAGAUGCAGCAGCAAAAGGGUAGCAAACCAAGCGGCUUCAGGCAGGUCUAGCUAGAAUCUCUCUCUCUCUGCUUUUGCUCGCACGUUUCUUUACUUGGAAGGCAGAGUGGAGGGAGGAGGAAAAACGUGCUGGAGGUGCAUGGGGAACUUGGAGGGAAAGAUAUAAAAAGCAACUCCUCCCUAGGGCUCGCUCGCUCUCUCCCCGCGCACACAGCUCCCCACCUACAGGACUAGAGACGAUCUCGUGGGGGACUCGAGAGAGAUCUUUUUCAGGAGAAGCCCAACCGCGAGCCCCAAUGAAGCCCCGCGCGGAGGGCGAGAGGACUUGAUCUUCCGCGCUCCGCCGCCGCCGCCGUCUGCUUUCGCCCGCCGUCGGGGAGCCGCUUCUCCGCCUCUCCCCUUGGCCGGGAUGGGGCUGCCCCUGGGGCUUCGCCUGGUGGGGCUGCUGGGCUGCUUGGGCAGCGUGUGCCGCGGCUACUUCGACGGGCCGCUGUACCCGGAGAUGUCCAACGGGACGCUGCACCACUACUUCGUGCCCGACGGCGACUACGAGGAGAACGACGACCCGGAGAAGUGCCAGCUGCUCUUCAGGGUGAGCGAGCGGCGGCGCUGCUGGGCGGCCGAGGAGGAGCAGCGGGCGGCGGCGGCGGCCCCCGGCCUGACCCUGCGCGAGGAGCUCACCGUCCUGGGCCGGCAGGUGGAGGACGCGGCGCGGGUGCUCGAGGGCAUCCGCAAGAGCAUCUCGUACGACCUGGACGGCGAGGAGAGCUACGGCAAGUACCUGCGCCGCGAGGCCACGCAGAUCGGCGACGCCUACGCCAACUCGGACAAGUCCCUGGGCGAGCUGGAAAACAAGUUCCGGCAGGGCCAGGAGCACGAGAGCCGCGAGGGGAGCCGCCUCAGCGAGGACUUCGCCGGCAUGCUCGUGCACGCGCGCGCCCUCCUCAAGGACACGCUGGCCGUCUCGGCGGGCCUCCGGGACAAGUACGAGCUGCUGGCGCUCACCGUGCGCAGCCACGGCACGCGCCUCAGCCGCCUCAAGACCGAGUACCUCAAAGGCUGAGGAGGACGAGGAGGACGCCGACGACGCCUCCACUUGGGACCUUUCGCCGCCCCACAACAGCUCGCCAAGGCGCGGAAACCCUCCGCGCGCCUAAUUUGCGCGCCUUCCCUCCUGCUAUUCGAAACGGCGGCUGUGAUUUGUCAGUCAUAUAAUCCUUCCCGCGUAGCACUUUGAAAGUGCAAAGGAACCCUGGAGGCGGUGGUUCUCCUCAGGGGACAGGUUGUUGUGGGGCUAUAUUAAAGGACAGCAAGCUGGCAAUUAAUUGGGCUGUCUUAUUUUAUUUGCCACCACGGAGGGUGCCAUUUCUGCCUUAGGCACCCAAAUGGCUUGGAACACUUGUUUUGUUUUGCUUUUUUAAUAAUAAUAAUAAUGCUUACAGGCUCCUGUGCCGUUCCCAACUUUCUGACGUGCAGAAACUCAACAGGUGACUGUUACAUCUCUGUGUUAAAAGAACUGCACCUGUUGGGUUUCUGCCUGUCACGCAGCUGUUGAAUGCACAUGGAUCCUGUGGGUGGGGGAGAGGUGGCUUACAAGCUGGUUGUGUUGUGUUCAUCCUCUGCUUUGAGGGUUAUGUGUAAAAGGGAGGUGCAAGUAAUUAACAGGGCAGUCUAUACCUGCCUGCUUGGAAAUAAGAUCUGUUGAGUCCAGCCAGCCAUGCUCCCAUGAAGGCAUAUAUCGAACUGCAGCCUUGCUGGCUAAAAAAACCCCAUUGGUGGAUUUCUUAUGCAUGCAUUUUCCAGAUGUGGAUAUGGAGGCUGGAGUGUGACUUGUCAGCAGCUUUUGAAGCCUGCACUACUGCACAACCAAGAGUAGCUCAGUUGUGGAUAACUGGGUUGCACAGCUAUCCCACGAGUCUUACUAGUAUUUAUACUAUUAGAUAGUCCUGGACAUACGGGAAAACUUUGCAAUCAGUCCCAAUUCAGCAGAGUUAGGCACUCUGAAACCAGUUGUGGUCAGUAACCCAGGGAUAUAAGUCACUGAGGCCAAAAGAUAAUGACUUGCUAAUAGCUUUUGGACCUUCCUCUCAGCUUCCUCCCAACUGCAGCCAGUUGUUCAUGGGUUGUGUUUUCACAACAAACCUGUGAGGUAGACCACUGUUUGCCCCUUUUAUAUUGGAAGAGAUGAAGCUGAGUGACCUGUCCAAGACUAUUGCAAGGGUCACCCCAGGUCAUAAGUCUUAAUUGUCUGUCAACUUAUAGUUGUUAAAUCAUGUUGCAAUCCUCAUAUUCUCUGGCCGACUGGGGAAUUUGUUGCUCCUUACCCCCUUUUGUAAGCCUAUCAGACUUAAUUAAGGAUAGCUAAAGAGAAGUUUCAUUCCACUCUUUCACAGCUGAUAGCUGACAUGGAGGUUUUUUAAAAUCUUGAUUAGUGAUUCUGAGUAUGAAAUCAAGGAGUUAUUUUAGGUUCCAUAAUCGGGAGCAGAAGGGUGUGAUCUUUUGUAAACAUUUCCAGAGAGGUAGCUGCAAACUUUUGUAUGAGGCCUCAAGAGAAGUAAGAGAAUAACUUUCCCAUCCUUUCAGUGUGUGUUGGGGAAAACAGGAAUUCAAAUACUCAUUAGAGGUUGUAUGGAGCCAGAAUGCGGAAACUAUUUAUUUGGCAAAGUACAAGGGUGUGGUGUUCAUCCAUAUCACACAAGACUGCAAGAAUAUAGCCUUCUCUCUCUCUCUUAAAAAAAAUUAUGGGGUUAUCUUCACCGAUUGAGGGGGAAAUUCCCACCUUGUUAUCAUAUUUAACACUUAUCCCAGUCAUAGAGUAUGGAGAAUACCUACAGUAACAGCUUCAUCAUCUCAUCUCUCCCAUGCCACCAUCAUCUCCCCUGUGCUACCUUUACUCAGUGCAGAAUACACAACUGUGCUUAGUGUACUUCUGAUUACAUUCCUCUAAACUUGCAAAAUUAGGUGAGCUGGAGCUGUGAACAUUCUGAUAUCAAGGGUUUUGUUCUAUCAAAUGUGGAUUUGUGUCUUAGGCACUUUUAAAUACAAGUGACAGUCUUUAAGAUGCAAAACCCUAGGGCCUGCCUGAAAAACUCUGCCAAACUUGAAGCAGUGACUCCCAUCCUUUUCCUCCUCUUUCCUUUUGUGCAAGAAUUGUUUUAAAUUCUGUAAAAGGAUUUAGCGUAGUUGGAAGCUACUGUUGAGUCUAGCUUGGCUCCCUCCAGGAUGUAAAUUUCCUGCCCACUGGGAGACAGCCCAGCUGGAAUGCCAGCAACAGUGAGAGAUUGGAAUCUGAGCCAUCCUUCCCUUCAUCGAGAGUUCGAACUUGCCAGAUCUAAAUAUAAAAAGUAAUUGCUAUGGUGUCCGCAGAGUGGUUUUCUAGUGGAGCUGUAACAUUUCAAAAAAAAAAUUCUUCUCUUAUGUGGAAUGGCAGUGCUCCAUACUAAGGGGCAGUCCUUAAAACCAAAAUAGGGCUUUCUGGCAAUAUUACUCCAAGCUCAGAACAGGUAAUUCUGUACCCUUUGGGGGAAAAACAGGGGAACGCUUCCAAGUAACCUUUAAGAAUAAAAUGGAACAGAGGUAGUCAGAUUUCCACUCUAAAAGAAGGUGACAAAUCCUGUUGACUCUUCUUUUGCACUAGGAAUUUCAGGUACUGUACAGGUAAACAAUAAGAAUCUAAUUCCUCAGGCUUUCAGUGGAUGAGAGUAAGGCUCCUGGAGCCAGCAGGGCAGAAGAAGACUUUCUUUCUAUUUCAAUGUGUAGCCACCUGGGAUAUAUGAAUUCCCAACAGUAAUUUGACUCCAAGUAGCAAUCGCCUUUUCCAUUGCUGCAAAUCCUUUCCCCUUGCUGCUACGUCAUCACUAUCACCACACUUCUUUCCUCUAGCUGUUCUGUUUCCUAAUUGCUCGCACUGUAGGGAUUUCACUUGCCAUGUUAAACAAUAAGAGGUGCUCUGCAAUUGCAGUGCUGUGACACAGUUCUGCAGAGCUGAGGUAUUUGGAAAUAACUGGAUGUAUUGUGUACAAGGGGGCUGUUUUGUCUGGAAUAAAAGGCAUUCCUAAGACAUCUGUUCAGAUACUACCCUCCAUCUUCUGUACUUUCAUAGUACUGAAUAUAACACAUGCUUGAUGGCAAUUAUUGCUGAAUUUGCAGACACUCUUACCCUUCCAAAAUUAUUCCAGUCUUCCAGCUAUUUCAUUACCUGUAUCUCUCUACAAGAAAACUUAGGCUGUGGGUUCUGUGCAUACUUACUUGGAAGUAAGCCCCAUUGGACUCAGUGGGACUUGCUUCUGAAUAAACAUGCAUAGGCUUGAUGCUGUAAAGUCCACAGGAUUCUUUACCAAACACAUCUCAGUGCUCUCAGUGCAUGGUUCAUUCCUUCACCUAUUCCUUUUCCUAGUACCUUGCAUAAUACUAGCCCUUACCUGAUUCUGCUCUUUUAACAUCACUGCAUUAAAUAUCAAGUAUUGGAAGUACCUUUUCAAGUUAGCCAUUAAUUCUAUAUAUAUUUAUUUACAUGUCAGCUUAGAAGUAAAGGGCUUUUCCCUAGGAGAGUUGAGUUUAGGAUUGCACUGCUACCCACUUAACCUGGAAGUUAAGUCCCGUUGAACUCAAUGGGGCUGGCUUCUGAACAGAAAAAUAUAGGAUUGCACUGUAAGAUAACCCUUAUAUCAGAAGCUAGCUGUCUUUCCUUCUGUCAUUGUCAAGUCAGCUAAUUAACCUGGGCAGUGCUCAGUCAUCUAGUUCUGAAACAUGUUGUGGUUUCACUAGUGACUCUUGAAGGAUUGCUUGUGAAUUUGCAGGCAUGAGUGGUCCAGCAAUGGCUUGCCCCAUACCAUGUUCAUUAUGUGUAAACCAGCACCACUGGUCACAUUGUGCUCCCGCUUGAUUGAACGACAAUCUAUAAGGGCCAACCCCAGGCAUUUGACUAUUCUUACCUAUGCUUGCAUUAGUGAGAAACUGGCUAUGAGUCCUCAACAAUGUGACAAAGCAGUAAGAAAUCACAUAGUGAGAAAAAUAUUAUAAUACUGGGUUAUCCAGAAGCAGGCCUACUUUAGCUUCAUUUCCACUGAUACCCUAGAGAGGUAUGAGACACCCUCUAAUAAGAGUUUGUUUUUUAGGGUGGUAUUUAUUAAAUUUACUAUUUCUUGAAAGUAUACAUUGUAAAUGGUAUGCAACAAAUAUACGUGAAAUCUUGACAUAUUAAGUUAAGCAUUCUAAUAUUUAACAACUAUUUUGUAUUCCAUUGUGUAUCUUUAAUAAUGUAUUCUUAUUUGGACUUUCUAUUGUUGUUUUCAACCAGAAACUGCCCCCCUAAAAAAAACACACCCCUAAAUACAAAUUCAACAGCCAAAUGUGGAUAAAACAAGGAGUCUUAAAUCCACACUGAGGUGUGUAUGUGGUCACACAUUUUGCCCUGGUUUACCUUUUGUUUUCUCAUUCACUCAGAUAUGGGCAUGGCCCACAGCUCACUUCAACCAGCGUGUGAAAUUGGCAGGGGUUGCAGUCCUGUGCACACUUACGCAAGACAUAAGAUCCAUGGUAUGUGUGCUUAUAAUUUAUACAUCUUGUCAUAUCGUGAAGUAGGCUGCAGUUAAAUUGGACUGCGUUCUUCCAUAUAGUUGGUCUGUUGGGCUUAAUCAGCUUAACCGUGCAAAUUUGCAACUUUAGUUGUAUUCCUGGAACGCAAACAGCAUUUUGCUGAGAUUAUUCCAGAACAAACAGUUUGUAGCUCAAACUAAAAGCUGUGAUUUUUCUUUCUUUUGUAAUUAAAAAAACAGGACAUUUUGUAUGGUCACCUGCAAACCAGUAAUGAGGAAACACCCAUGGGGGCCAAAUGUGGCCCUCAAGGACUUUCUAUCUAUGGAACUCUCCCCAGACCCCAAUCCUUUCUGAACCCCAGUGUUUUCACUUGGCUGGGGGGGUUGCCCUUGAGCUCCAAUAAUGCCUCUUGCUUGUCUGGAAGGAGAAGGGCAUGUGUAGGCACCACCCACUUUCAUCUUGCCACCACCCACGACUGGUACAUGGCCCUUGGAAGGCAGUGCCCAGAAGGCAGUGUGUCCCCCGGGCUGAAAAAAAUUCCCCACCCUACUGUAAACCAUCAGUACCCACAAAUGACAUGUGAAACGCAUGCAGAAGCUGGAGCCAGCAAUUAUCUAUGUGUGUGACCACCAAAAUAAGGAUUAUUUCUCCCAUUGUUCUGUUCACAGUGUAAGGACACAUUUCUUUUUAUUCCAUAAUCUUAUUUCUUCUUUUAUAACAACAUCAGCUCCUAAAUAUAUUUCUCCUCCUCCUUUUAAAUGUAUUUCCUUGUGAGACUGUCAUGUAAGCAUGCUUAGUAUUGCAGCCUAAACCUGGUUAAGUUUUUUUGUUCUAAUACACCAGUAACUUUCAUGUCGCCAUACUUUUGCUAGCUUUUUUCUCUCAAAAGAAUCAUUUGUGCCCCUAGACAAUAGCAAAAGAGCAUGGUGGGGAAUUGGUUUUGAUUUGAUUUUAAUUUCAAUUGUUCUAUUUAAUUCAGAAUCGAAGUUAAUAUGAGCUACAUUUAAGAAGGAAUACUGUCUUUGUAUGGUUCUAAUAAAUAUUUAAAGAAACAUGUUGAAGUCCUGUUUUGGAGGGCAUUUUAAUCAUGUCAUUCUAGAAGUUUCCUUUGCCUCUUUGACAGCACUGCAAAAAUCUGAGCAGCAACCUAUCAAGGGGUUUCUUUCAUUUAACAUAAAAUUUAAUUGAAUUUGAAUGUAAAAGUUUCCAAGCCAAUAAAGUUUUUUUUAUUUAUAAAGUAGUGCUUUAAAAAUACAGGCCACUUCCAGACUCAGUAUUUUGGUGCUGGGAUUCAAUUACAUACUAGCAAAUUCAGAUUGCAAAAUUAAAGUGGAUUUGGUGCUCUAGUGCAACAAACCCACUGCUCCCAACCCAUCAUUUGUGGUAAUGAAAAUGAUGGUAAAAUGAAUUGGAAAGUGAUGAAUAACACUAGCUCCCGUUGCUCUAACCCAGCUUCUGCCAACCUACCAGUUCGAAAGCAUACCAACACAAGUAAAUAAAUAGGUACCACUGCCAUGGGAAGGUAAACGGCAUUUCCAUGCACUCUGGUACUCAUCACCGUGUCCAGUUGCACCAGAAGUGGCUUAGUCAUGCUGGUCACAUGACCUGGAAAGUUGUCUGCAGACGAACGCCGGCUGCCUCGGCCUGAAGUGAGAUGAGCGCCGCACCCCAUAGUCGCUUUUGACUGGACUUAACUGUCCAGAGGUCCUUUACCUUUUUUUGCUAUGAUAUAACCUCUCAAACUUAGAUUUGUCAUGACUACUGUUUUCUUUGUUUCAGUGGGACAUGAUGGUAUUGCCAAACAGCACUGUUCCACCUACAUUUGUGUUCACUGAUGAGCACCUUGUCUCAAAAGUCAACAUUUUGUUUUGGAAGAUGAGUUACCAAGGAUCCAGCAGACCAGGACAAAGUGCACUUGAAAGUUUUCUGCUGACACUUAUAAUUAGAGUACAGCAUUCCAUUUACACUUUGCCUCCUUUGGCUUAUCCUUCUGCAAUAAUAGUAUACUGUAAUAAAAUUGAUUGAUUACAAACA